AUGUCUGAGUCAACUGUUUAUGAUACAAUACAUACAACUGAUCGUGAAGCUGAUGAAGAAGAAAUAAGUCUUAAACCAGAAUAUUAUUCAAUACUUGGUUGUUUACCACCAAUCACUGAUUCUCAAGCUGUCAUGAUAACACCUGUUGUUGCUUUACUUAAUAAACUAAAGUUUAUUGAUUUUCGUUUAUUACAUGAUGAAAUAACAGCUGUAUUUUAUCUUGAUCUUAAAUAA